CUCCGAUCAGGCAUUCGAAGUUCACUCUCAAAGAUCCCCGUGCCUUUGUAAAGUCGCCUCCUUCUCCCCGCCGCAGUAGCGACAGGUAAUUUCUCUGCCUCGAUUGAUUCGAAUUCUAUCCUGUUUUCGGCCCAGCAUCGUGGAAUUAUACGUUCACGUUAGGGUUUCUGAAUCAUUCUGAUCUCGCUUCAUACCCGGGCUACUGCCCUUGCUCCUGGGUAUGCCCUCCUUUUGUAACUUGUUUAUCGAUCGAGCGUGCCAUUGGUAGAUGGAGCGAAGCUCUGUUCAUCUCUUUUCUCUUUUGGUGCUGAUUGAUAUGGUGGAUUCUGCUCCCCGUGUCCAGUUUCCACAUUUCUUGGCCUACCUUCCAGGGAGAAAUUUCUCUUCCCUUAAAUGAAAGGAUUGCCUUGUGGAAAAUCACUCUGGUGAAGCCUAGUUCGUCGCUUGUAUUCUUUGUAGUCUGUGUCCUCGAGUCUUCCCUCGGUUGUGGGGAAACCGGGUAAUACUUAUGGCAAAUGUUUUUCGGUUUAGGUGAUUAGGACCAUUUUGCUGAUACUCCCCUUGUACAAUUUUGAUGAUUAAGGAAACGAUUUUGGCAUGGAUGAAGCAAUCCCAUUUCAGAGGGGUUGAUGACUCCUGUAAAGAUGCUUACUUUCUUUUUUUUCUUUGCCCACUUUUGUGUUCACCAGAUAGGAGUUAUAAGGCAGCAAUGGAUUCAGCGGAGAUGAGGUACUUGGAGGAUGAUGACACCCCAAAGAUGAAAGUUUUAAAAGGCGCAACCACAGGAUUGGUUACUGGAACUAUUUUCGGUACCAUUGUGGCCACUUGGCAUGAUGUGCCUCGUGUUGAGAAGCACGUUGCACUUCCAGGGCUGAUAAGAACUCUGAAGAUGAUGGGCAAUUAUGGGAUGACCUUUGCUGCCAUUGGUGGUGUCUACAUUGGUAUUGAGCAGCUUCUGCAACAUCAAAGAACGAAGAGAGAUUUCGUUAAUGGAGCUGUUGGUGGUUUUGUUGCUGGGGCUUCAGUUCUAGGCUUCAAAGCUAGGAGCAUCCCAACGGCUCUUUCUGCCGGAGCAGCUCUAGCCGUUACCUCGUCACUCAUUGAUGCUGGAGGCCAGACUACCAGAGUAGACAAUGGCAAGGAGUAUUACCCUUACACCACGAAGAAAAGAUCCACUGUCGAGGCAUAAUUCUUCACACCCCUUGUUCAAAUGCAGGGCAACCCUACUGCUGAGCUCGUAUGGUUGAGUUUAUUUUAUUUUUUUGGUUUUUUGCCGUCUGGUCUCAGAACGUGUAAUCAUUUUGGUUUUUCUUUCGUUUCAAUAAAUACGUAGUCAAUGAGAAGGAUUGUGGAGAGAUGAAUUCUCUUUGUGGUGAAUUGUAAGUUUAUCCUGUUGUAGACAAACAGAAGGGGUUUGGAAUUAAGCAGGAAUGUGUUUCAAUUUGCAAGUUUUGUUGCUCACUGUCUAAUUUACCAGAUAAGCAAAGCAAUAUAUUUCUCAGCAAAGAAUUCUAAUUAGAAGGUUGAAAUGUAUCCAAAGAAAAAGGCAUCAUUCCAAGGCAUUGCCAAAUAUAUCCAGUUGGAGGUGCCACGUGUCAAUAACCCAUUGAGGGUCUCAAAUUUCAUGGCCCCGUUGAAAUCAGGCGCAUAAUCUCCCUCCAAGGCCGCGCCAGCAAGAGAAAGAGACAACAAACAAAGAAGAAGAGCUGUAGAGGUAGAGGGACGGAGCAGCGACUGGAUUCCAGCGCUCUUCUCUUUCAGAUAUUAAUGGCUGGUUUGGGUACUUGUUGUUCCACUCUUUCUUCCGCAAGGUAAACCAAAGCAUUUAGUUUCUGUUUCACUCAAUUUGCUCCCGUGCAGUUCUAUCUUUUACUUCAAUUUGCAUGCUUUUCUGGUUCUGGAGCGUUCUGCCGUUUGUUUUCUUAUUACUAAGCUUACUGCUUGUGUGGAGAGGUGGGAUUCUUCCUGGGCAGAAGUCUUUUUCUGUUGAGAAUCAAUUUGGUGACAGAUUUAGAUGAGUGUUGAUCUGGGAUUCCCUCUUAUGAUUAUAUGGGGGAUAAUUUUGUUCAAAAUCUUAUCCUCGUUGCUGCAUUUUGAAUGGGUUUCUGGACUUUUUCCCCAGUUCCCAAUUGCUCAGCUAACUGAAAAGGAAGAAACUUUAUAUACCGAACUCAAACUCUAGUAGACAAUGGUGUUGUUCCAAUUUCAGAAACCAACAUUGCAUCCAUCUCCUUGUCAUUUCGUGAACACAGAAUAGCCAAUGCCAUUUGACUGUGCUUGCUUUGUAAAUUCCAUUAUGAGCUUCACUGAUACAUUUGUUAUGAGUCCAUACCAAACAUAUUCCCAGAUCUCAUGUCGUUGUGUAACCGAAAACUUGCUAAAAUGAAAUGAUGGUUUCUGUCCCAGUAUGGCAUUGGUUUCAACGUCCAGCGACUAGUUACUGUACUUCCACCUGGCUGGACACUGAUUUUUGAGGCUUCAGCAAUGCAUUUGUAUGUAUAUGGAAACCUGGUAACUUUGAAUUAGUGAAACUAAUGAAGUUACCUCGUGUGUUUGGUUUCAGCCAUGUUGCUGUGUCCUGGUUAGAAUUCCAGGGUCAUCACAAUGGAAUAAAAACACUGUGGAAACCGAGACGAAGGAGAAAUGCAUACGGGAUUAGAGCUGAGGUGAAGUUUGUGAAGGCAGAUGAAGCAAAAAAGCUGGUAUCAGAAGAAGGGUAUGCGGUGGUUGAUGUAAGGGACAUAACGCAAUUUGAGAGAGCUCGUAUAAAGUCGUGUUACCACGUUCCUCUUUUCAUAGAGAACAAAGAUAAUGACAUUGGUAAGUCUUGUUUCAAUACAGUAUUGGAUAGUUCUUCCAGAUUUUUUAAUCCGGAAUGAUAUGAUUUGAGGAUCCUCAGUUAACUUGUGGUUGUGCAGGUACCUUUGUUUUAAGGACAGUGCACAACAACUUCUCGGGUUUGUUCUUUGGACUACCUUUCACUAAGCCUAACCCUGAGUUCAUUGACUCGGUCAAAACCCAGUUUUCAGCCGGAAGCAAACUUUUACUCGUGUGCCAGGAAGGACUGAGGUGAGCUGACUCACCAAUCUCCAACCCACUUUGUUAUCUUGAAUGCUUGCUGUGCUGAGUUGCUGACGAUGAUAUGAACUGAUUGUGAAUUUGGGAUUAUGGUUUCAUUUGGAAUGUAUUUACUGUAUCCGUAGCAAUGACAAAAGAUUACUUUCAAUUCUGGUGUCGUGGUGUAGUUGGUUAUCACGUCAGUCUAACACACUGAAGGUCUCCAGUUCAAAUCUGGGCGAUGCCAUCUGUUAGUUUUUUACUCUUGUCUGGCGCGCCAUAUCUUGCUCUUAGCCGUUGAUUCGUUUCUUCCCCAGCCAUUUGAUGAGAUGUGCCUUAUUCUUUUACACCAGUUCGUUGUGUUCUUGGGCUCCGUCAAUACCUUCAAGUGAAUUCACAUAAAGCUUAUUGCAGGUCUGCCGCGGCAGCGAACAAGUUAGAGAGUGCCGGUUUUGAGAACAUUGCAUGUAUAACAUCUGGUCUUCAAUCCGUUUCACCAGGUUAGAUUCUGAUACACAAACUUCGUCCACUCUCAUUACGCCAUUUAUCUCGUUAUCUCCAUACCCAAAGUAACAGCUUCGUCCGAACGAACAUAGGUACAUUUGAUUCGGAAGGUAAGACUGAGCUAAAAGAUGCUGGUAAAGCCGGUUUGGUCACAGUUCAAGGCAAGAUCUCAGCUGUUCUUGGAACCGUACUCAUCUGUAAGUCGAGGCCAAACACGAUGUAUUCAGCCACAUUGACUUAAUUGUUAGCCUAAUUAACGUCAUUGGUAUGCAGGUGCAUUUCUGUUCAUCACAUUCUUUCCGGACCAAGCAGAGCAGCUUUUAGCACUUGUGCCUGCUAGCUAGACUACCACAGUAUUGUACCUAACGAGUGCGGUUGCCAUAAUCUCGAAACAGUUCCUCGAAUCUUAAACUAUCGUCGUUUAUUAUCCAUCCAAAGUAAAAAAAAAACAACUACAAAUGAACAAUCCUGCCCAGGUAUAAAAAUCAAUGACCAACCAAUGCAUUGGCUUAACUGAAAGGAAGAAAAGGAAUCAAUUCCGAUAGUUAAA